CGCGCCGCCGGCCGCCGCCAGCGCCGCCAUGGCCAUGUACCCGGUGCAGGACUUCGCGGCGCCGCCCAACAUGGAGAUGUCGCAGUAUCAGUACUUCCCGUACCGGCCGCGGCCCGAGCAACAGAUCUUCAUGCACAAGUCGGCGAUGCAGCUGCACGCGCGCGAGAUGCACCGUAGCGAGGUGAAGCCGCACCAGUGCCAGCAGUGCCUCAAGUCCUUCUCCUCCAAUCACCAGCUGGUGCAACACAUCCGAGUUCACACCGGCGAAAAGCCGUACAAGUGCUCCUACUGCGACCGCCGCUUCAAGCAGCUCAGCCACGUGCAGCAACACACGCGGCUUCAUACAGGUGAGCGGCCAUACAAGUGUCACUACCCCGAGUGCGGCCGCGCCUUCAUCCAGCUGUCGAACCUGCAGCAGCACCUGCGAAACCAUGACACACAGAUCGAACGCAUGAAGAACCGGCCCUUCCACUGCCAGAUCUGCGGCAAGGGCUUCGCCACUGAGAGCAGCCUGCGCACACACACCACCAAGCACGCGGCGCUUAUCGGAGGUCCGAACGCCGUCAACUGCCCCAUGUGCCACAAGAUGUACCUGGGCGGCGCGGCACUCAUGGAGCACAUGAAACACGUGCACAAGGACCCGAACGCCUCGGGCGUGGCAGCCAAGCGGAGGACUCCGAACCACCCGUGUCCCGUGUGCGGCAAACAGUACGUCAACGAGGGCUCGCUUCGAAAGCACAUGGCCACGCACCCCGAGGCGGCGGGUCUGGCGUCGCCCCUGCGCAUGUGGCCCUGUUCCGUCUGCCAGGCCGUCUUUACACACGAGUCGGCGUUCCUGACUCACAUGGAUCACAUGCGGAUGGACCCGAAGCACCAGUUCGCCGCGCAGUACGUCCUCUCGCGCGCCGCCGCCGAGCGGCGAGAGCGCGAAACGCUGUUUGCCGCGGCGGCGGCGGCGGCAGCCUCCUCCUCCAUGGGCAUGAACAGCCACAUGUUCCCGGGCAUGUCCAUGUCGGGCAUGAGCACGGUAGGGUCGUCGCUGAUGACGAACGUGUCGGCCGCCUCGCCGUCGGCGCAUUCCGACUCGUCGUCGCGCAUCUCGACGCCGGCCGAGGCCAACGACAACAUGCGCGCCAUGAUUCAGCAGACGCAGGCCGAGCUGGUCAAGUCGACGCUGAACUCGCAGGCGGAGAGCGCGCGCUCGCUGGACGUGCUGCGUUCGCUCAGCUCGCAGGCGGAGACCAUGAUGGGUCAGUCGGAGCUGCGCAUGUUCCAGGCGGACCUGGCCAUCCGCUCGUCGCACGAGCUGUACGGCCAGCAGCCGCCGCCGCCGGCCGCCGAUCCGCUGGCCGACCCGUUCCGCCUGCAGGAGAGCCUGCGUCUGCACCACGACCCGCGGUCAGCGCUCGGCUUCCUGCAGACUUCGCAGCACAACUGA